ACAAAGACUUCAUUCAUAUUGUGAAUCCAACGCAUGUGAGAGCCGGCUAGUGGCUCGAGUCAGUAGCCCUCGUGAGACCCAAGCAAUACCUUACUCUCCUGCCUUCUUUCAAGUUUCCGACGCGGAAUGUAAGAGCUUGUAGGAGAAUUGAAGGAUGAGUCGUACGUGGAUAGCAACAGUGGUGAUGGUGGCAGCACUGGGAGGAGCCUGUGAGGGCUUCAGUAUUCGGCCGGAACUGGUCGGACUUCUCAAAGCGGAAGAAAUCCACAAACAAUUCGAACUUCUCGAAACUUUAUUAGGAAAGCUAGUCAAUGGAAGCAACUGCAAAAAUCGUACACAAGAUGCCCUCGAGGAAAGUAUAGAAAUGAAACCUGAAGGUGAAGGGACAACAAUAGUUCCUAAGGGUGAAGAGAAUAUGGAAGAUGAGGAAAAAAAUAAAGAUUAUGAAAAGCAUCACCAAAACCACACCAUGUUGCUACCACCUAAUGACGAUUGCAAUGUUAUCAAAACGGGUAUUUCUGAAGAGGAGAAAGAGUUUAUUCUUGAGCUGCACAACGAACUAAGAUCCCACGUAGCAAUAGGGAACGAAAGCCGAGGAGAUCCAGGUCCGCAGCCACCCGCCGCCAACAUGUACCAGCUAGUAUGGAACGAAGAGCUCGCCGAGGUGGCGCAGGCAUGGGCAUCACAGUGCCCUUCAGGACAUGACGAGGAAAAGAAGCGAAGGUUGCUCUCUCGCACGUACCUUACUGGCCAAAACAUCAACUAUCACUGGGGAACUUACGACAAUGGAUCGGACUGGGAGACAGCGAUAAAAAACUGGUAUGAUGAAGUUGUGGACGUAGAUGCUGAUAUAGCUGCUGCUUUCAGACCCCACAGUACCAAGAAGAUUGGCCACUACACUCAGCUUAUCUGGGGAAACACCAAAGAGAUUGGCUGUGGCAUCGUUUACUAUGAGACAGAGAGGAAAGGAUUCUAUUAUCCUUUUAGUAUAACCUAUGUGUGCAACUACGGACCUGCUGGCAACUAUUUGAAUUUGCCUUUCUAUGAGCAAGGGCCAACCGCUACCAAGUGUCCUGAGAAUGUGUCAACGGAGUAUACUGCUCUCUGCAUCUAGCGGGUCAUGUGUUCCAGGAUUUAUAUAUCAAUGUAUUAAUUGUAUGAUUUAAAUAGAUAGAAUAAUGUCAUAUAGAGAGGGAAAAAAAUUCAUUCUUACAUCAGAAACCCAAGGGAAUGUGCAUGGUAUUUAACUCAUUUUGCCAUAUUUCUUACUCUAUGCUUAACGGUGAUAACUAAAAACCUUCCUAAUAUUUUAUUAGUUGGUUUCAUGAUACAAAUAACGUAAAGAAUUUUUUUCCAGCUGACUAUCUUUUAUGUGUAAAAAAGUCAGUUAGGUGGUAAAACUGGUAGUAGUUUUAUCAGACCAUAGUGAACACCCCAAUUAUUGACUAAGCGUGACUAUCUGUCAGCGACACAGUCUUCCACUCCCAAUCAGUGGUUCCCAAACUGUGGUACGCGAAGGCCCUCCAGAUGGUACUUAAGCACUUUCGGAAUCAUACGCGAUAUUUAAUUAAAUGAACUCAUUUCUCAGAAAAAUUAUUAUUGCCUUAAGGCGAUUUCACACAUGCCAGUCUGCGACUAAAAUUUUACGUAGGCUGACUUUCCGACUCAUUCCUUCUAGUCGAAAAGUAUCACACGUAGCGACUGGAAAGCAUCGACUAGUUAGCGACUUGGCAGGAAGUGAAUGUAAACAAACAAUUACCCGCCAAAAUGUCUUCCUCCAGUGACGAUGCUGAAGCUGUGGUUUUUUUUUUUUUUUGGGCGUACCGGAAGAGUCAACAGAAAAGAAAAUGCCUGUGGAUAUGUCUCUGGCUAAGUACAGGGAAAGAAAGGAGUGUCUACUACAUUUCUUGUAAGAAAAUUGUUAAUCUUAAGAGGACUAUGCACAAUAAUUGCGAUCAAUCCUCACCUCCAACAACACCCUGCAUUGAGGAAAAAGGUUCUUGUAGAGUAGUAACUAUUUCGUCGAACGACGAUUUGCGCAAGCUUUUUUUUUUUAAACUGGAAUUUUUUUUUCAAACUGGAAUUUCAGGGAUCCCAGAUGUGUUCUUUUUCCCUCACUAACUCUAACGUCUUCUCUAUACCUGGAGACCACAUUUUCUAAGCUUACUCCGUGACAUCACGACGUAAAUAAAGUCACAAAUCGAUUAACAACACCAACUGGUUGGUCUUGUUUUGCGACUGGUUUCUCCAGUAGCAAGACACCGAUUUUGAGUCGGAAACUCUACCGACGUAAAAUUUCAGUCGCAAGAUAAUCUGGCAUCGAUCAGCUGGUGGAGAAGAAAUGCAUCCCUUGCAUUGAACUGAGUUGUGUUCCUUGUUGUUAGUUCUAUUUGUGAACAAAUUAAUAUUUGCUGGAAUUGAGCUUUUUUCUGGAACUAGGUGGUACACGGAAACUGUACGAGACUGUACUCGCUCAAGAAAACUUUGGGAACCACUGUUCUAUAUCAGGAGAAUGGUUCUAUAGUGAAUCUCACAUCACUUCUUGUUGCAAUCUCAAACUAUACUGCAACUUUAUAUGACAAUGUUACCCAAGUAUGCAAAAAUAAAAUGUCACAAUAUAAA